AUGCAAUUCAAAGUUUCCACCAUCGCCAUCCUCAUCACCUCUCUCCUUGGCAACACAUUGGCCGCUCCCGUUCCAUCUGCUCUAGCCUGCGCAGCACACUCCGACACAGCCCUAGGAAGAGCAAUUCAAUCCCGCUCUUUCGAGAAAAUGGCUGCCGCAGUCGAUGGCCGCGACCGAGCUGCAAUCAUGCUCGAUCUGGCCGGGGCAAUUCAUGACCGAUCCGUCGACGAAGUCGUGAGCGACGUCCAAGUAGCUAUGGAGGGACAUGUGCCCAGCCUCGAGGAACAAAAGAAGAUGGCUGCAAGCCUUCGUGAGGGAAAGGGACAACUUCAGAAGCGCUAUUGUGGGUGGUAUGCUUGGGGAUGUGGUAUGUCCACAGUUCUUUACGGGCUUGGUGGGUAUUCGGACAAUUUCUGGGGGGGUAUCGGUCUUGGUAUUGGUCUUUGGCUCUGAGCGCUUGGUGUGGGCGGUUUUAGGUUGGUCGUACUAGAGGGUUUGGUCUUGAGGGAGAUAACGAGCAUCUCUAAUAAACACGGAUCGAUGAGCUCUUUGUAGAGAAUGACGAGCUACGACUGACUACGAUGCACUAAAUGAACAAAAGGAAUUUCUUCGUUCCAUUCCAUUGGUCCCGUUCCCUCUGAAGCAAGUUCGAACGUAGGAAUAGCGUGGCGAUUCUGCAGCAUGUCGCCUAAAGGGACAAUCUCGCAAAGCUAGGAGCGAGCGGUAUGUGUUUGAAGGUGGACCGAUUGCGAAGCUACUUUAGCAGCUAGUCGUCUCCCACAACAGAUCUGACCAUUUGCUUUCGAGAAGAAUGAAGAUGCACUUUGGCAUGCUUUCCAUCAGUUCAACGCACCUCACGCAGGCAUUUAAGACGAUUUGAUGUAUCUAGGUUGACUGCACAUCAAGGGCAUAGCUAAGCAGGGGGCGUUUCCCAUUAGACUUCAUUAUGGAAAGGCCGUCAGCCUUUCACAUGGUCCUCUUAACUAGAGGCUUUGCAACCGCUGGAGAUAUGCAUGACCGUAUCUCUGCAUUUAAGCUCCCUGUUCUAAACGCUGUGCUGGAGCUCGACAGUUGUGCCUCAUAGCUAUUGAUUCAUACUGAGCCGCAAGGCUCCACACUUUUCCCCCCUUCACAUCAAUCUUCAUGUUAAGAUUCACCAGAGCUUGCUGUUCGGAAAGUGAAAGUGCAAGAGAGCUGCAAGAUAUCCCCAGAGCUUGUCAAAAGCCAUAUCUCCAUCCCUCGCGCGUGCCCGAUAUCGUCAGAUUCUGCAGAGCAGACACUCAACUCGCGAAAGCCCACCAAGAUCCUGCUACGAAGCUGUUGGUACAUGGCACACCUUCCAAGCCGAGAUACCUCGAUGACUUCGACCUGGAGACGCAUCCGGUAGCCAAUGAAAAGACAUAGGCUUAGCUUGGAGUCGUCCUCAAUCCACGAACCAUCCCACACCCAGAUGUCGCCUUCUCGGACGAGAUCAUCAGGAUCAUCCAGGAUCAGAAAGCUACACUGAAGACCGUUACGUUUGAGAAUUCGAGAAUGUGACUUUUGACAAAGACCGACAACUCAGGUAUGUACAGUCCGCGAGUGUUGUCCAUGCGGGAGCUAACGUUCGACAGUGACAUCCAAACAAGCAUGUCACAGGUCAUCGCUUGCCUCCAAGAUAGUGAGUUGAGUCUCACUGAAGCAAAGAUGGCUGUUUCUCGAUUAGACGAAGACGACUUGGGCAACGAAAACAAACCUUACGUGCAGGAGACGGAGCGUGGAUGGGACUUUGAUGCGAAGAGGGUCGAAAAGCGUCGUGGUAAAGGCGUGGUUCCUGUGUAG